CCCGGGGCCCCGAAGCAAGCCUCCUGAUUUAAAGGUGAGCGCAGACCCUCCCCUGGCAAGCCAGCCAGCGACUUAGCUUUCCCCGCCCCGCGCAAAAGUGCUUUCCCCGGAUAAAAGCGAUGAGGAAGCCAGGCAAAGGUCAGAGAGGAUGAGCGAAUGUUCCGCCAGCACCCUGGGCAGGACGUCAGGUACCAUUUGUACCUCUGUCUUUCAGCUCCAUUUCAGGCCUCUUGUUUGUUCCUCAUUAUUCAGCAGACGUUCUAGUGACUCACCCAUCCGAGAUUGUUUGAAUAAUGUGUGUGAAGUGCUAUUCGCAGACAAAGGGCUGAGAAAAAUCCAAGAUGCUAACUAAAAAGUUGACAUCACUCUCCCUCCUGUAGGAUGGUAGGGGAAGAAAAUUACAGCGUGGGAGGCCAAGCAGAGGACCAUGCGUUGCCUUUGCUGAAUUUGUUUGCUCCUUUUGGGACCCUUCUGGAUGAAGCUCAGUUUGUCCAUCUGUGAAAAGGGAGUGCGGAUUUCUUGCCAUUAGGUGGAGCCAGAGGUUCAGCUAGUGCUUGGAGAUCGCUGCCUGCCUGCUGAACCAGCCCCCAGGGUGGAGGACGGACAGGUGGCCGAGUGUGCUUGGGCUGGUUGGGGCGGCGGUUCAAGUUGCACACACGCUGAGCCGGCAGUUAGAACCAGAAUCUGAAAGAGCCGAGCACAUGCAGCUGGGAGCCGUUUAUUUUCCAGCCCGAGAUUGCCGAGACAGUGGUCGAGCAUGUUGAAUGCGUCUCUCUAUUAAUUAAAACAGCAGCUGGGAUAAAUAAUGCACCUUUGCUGGAGCUGCCACAGGGACUGCAGGCUCAGACCUCUAAAGCCAGCUAACCACGGGGCUGAGCGAGAUGUCAGCCCACGGAAGGAACGUAGAUACCUUGGAGAUUGAUGCCUUGGGGAGAAAUCUCUGGAAGGGGUGCAUGGUCUGGGCUAGGGAAGUGAAAGGACUCGUUAUGUUAAAUAAAGCCUGUAUCCUAUGGCAGCGGCCACCAAGGAGCUCACCAGAAUGAGCCAAUGACAUUCCUCAUUUGGCCUGAGAGGCGCAGAGUCAGGAAGUCAGAGUGCAGGUUUGUUUCUAGAAAAAAGGAAAAUCCAAUAUGUGCAAUUCUUUGGAAAGUCUUAAAAAAUGACUGAGCUGCUGUAUGAAAUUACCAGUUGUUUCUCACAGAAAAUUCAGCAGCUGUCAGAGGGCUCCAUGUUUGGCCACGGCCUGAAGCACCUGUUCCACAGCCGCCGCCGGUCUCGGGAGCGGGAGCACCAGGCGACUCAGGAUUCCCAGCAGCCCCAUCAGCAGGGCAUGUCGGACCACGACUCUGCGGACGAGAAGGAGCGCUCCCCGGAGAUGCACCGCGUCUCCUACGCCGUGUCCCUGCACGACCUGCCCGCAAGGCCCACUGCCUUCAACCGUGUGCUGCAGCAGAUCCGCUCCCGGCCCUCCAUCAAGCGGGGUGCCAGCCUGCACAGCAGCGGGGGCGGCAGCAGCGGGGGCAGCAGCCGGCGCACCAAGAGCAGCUCCCUGGAGCCCCAGCGUGGCAGCCCCCACCUACUCCGCAAGGCCCCCCAGGACAGCAGCCUGGCCGCCAUUCUGCACCAGCACCAGUGCCGCCCGCGCUCCUCUUCCACCACCGACACAGCCCUGCUGCUGGCUGACGGCGGCAACGUGUACCUGUUGGCAGAGGAAGCCGAGGGCAUUGGUGACAAGGUUGACAAGGGAGACCUCGUGGCCCUGAACCUCUCCGGCAGCUCUGGCCAUGGUGACUCCGAUGGCCCGGUCAGCCUGGAUGUGCCGGAGGGUGCCCCGGACCCCCAGCGGACCAAGGCUGCCAUCGACCACCUGCACCAGAAGAUCCUGAAGAUCACGGAGCAGAUCAAGAUCGAGCAGGAGGCGCGGGACGACAACGUGGCGGAGUACCUGAAGCUGGCCAACAAUGCGGACAAGCAGCAGGUGUCGCGCAUCAAGCAGGUGUUUGAGAAGAAGAACCAGAAGUCGGCCCAGACCAUUGCCCAGCUGCACAAGAAGCUGGAGCACUACCGCCGGCGGCUGAAGGAGAUAGAGCAGAAUGGGCCCUCGCGGCAGCCCAAGGACGUGCUGCGGGACAUGCAGCAGGGACUGAAGGACGUGGGCGCCAACGUCCGGGCCGGCAUCAGUGGCUUCGGGGGCGGCGUGGUGGAGGGCGUCAAGGGCAGCCUCUCGGGCCUCUCGCAGGCCACCCACACCGCCGUGGUAUCCAAGCCUCGUGAGUUCGCCAGCCUCAUCCGCAACAAGUUUGGCAGCGCCGACAACAUCGCCCACCUGAAGGACCCGCUGGAGGAUGGGCCCCCUGAGGAGGCAGCCCGGGCGCUGAGCGGCAGCGCCACACUCGUGUCCAGCCCCAAGUACGGCAGUGACGAUGAGUGUUCCAGUGCCAGCGCCAGCUCAGCUGGGGCCGGCAGCAACUCCGGGGCAGGGCCUGCUGGGGCACUGGGGAGCCCCAAGUCGAACACACUGUAUGGGGCCUCUGGAAACCUGGACACUCUGCUGGAGGAGCUGCGGGAGAUCAAGGAGGGCCAGUCCCACCUGGAGGACUCGAUGGAGGACCUGAAGGCGCAGCUGCAGCGGGACUACACCUACAUGACCCAGUGCCUGCAAGAAGAGCGCUACAGGUACGAGCGGCUGGAGGAGCAGCUCAACGACCUGACCGAGCUCCACCAGAACGAGAUGACCAACCUGAAGCAGGAACUGGCCAGCAUGGAGGAGAAGGUGGCCUACCAGUCCUAUGAGAGGGCCCGGGACAUCCAGGAGGCUGUGGAGUCCUGCCUGACUCGGGUCACCAAGUUGGAGCUGCAGCAGCAGCAGCAACAGGUGGUGCAGCUGGAGGGCGUGGAGAAUGCCAACGCUAGGGCACUGCUGGGCAAGUUCAUCAACGUGAUCCUGGCACUCAUGGCCGUGCUGCUGGUGUUCGUGUCCACCAUUGCCAACUUCAUCACGCCCCUCAUGAAGACCCGCCUGCGCAUCACCAGCACCGCCCUCCUGGUCCUUGUCCUCUUCCUCCUCUGGAAGCACUGGGACUCCCUCACCUACCUCCUGGAGCAUGUGCUGCUGCCCAGCUGAGUGGCCAGCUCCCCCCUUCCCCGUGCUCACCAGGCCCCCGGCUGGCCAGGCUUCUCCCAAGCCCCUCAGACUUCUUCAUGUGUCCAGUUUGGCCUCCUGCCCAGUGUCUGUCCAGCAGCGCCUGCCCCUUCUCUGUUCUUCCUUCUGUCAGAUGCCGUCUCCCUGUUGGCCUGCAGGGAGCCUUGGAGGUGGCCCCGCUGGAGACUGUAGGGACACCUGUGAGCACAUGGAGCAGAGGAGGACCCGGAGAUGGACUGUUCUGAUAAUUUGCUGUUGCACGAGGACUUCUUCCCGCUGACUCUAGCUGCGAGGGUCAGCAUGGCCAGUGGGCGUGGGAGCAGGAGAGAGCCAUGCCUCAGCCCACCAGGGAAGAGCCGCCCUGGAGGCGACUCUGGUUCCCUCCUGGACAUGGUCAGGGUGAAGGCAAGAGUGAGGGCAGAGACUGAGGGCCCCAGACAGUGCAGGGAAAAGAGGGGAAUGGUCCCCCAGUCCCUAGGUAUCUUCCAGGCCAGAGCUAGCCUCUUCCCACCAGAGCUGUCCGAAGCUGGGUUCUGGGCCAGGACCUCCUGGGAUCUGAAGGAUGCAGGCCCGGGGGUCAGGAGGCUGUGGCUUUGGACUUGCAUUUCCCCCUUUUAUUUUUUCCGCCUGUCACUGAAUCUGCUACUUUCAGGGAAACAGGCCCCAGGGGCCCUGAGCCUCAACCUAAGUCCUUAGGCCUCUGGGAGCACGUUGGGUUCUAUUUAUUUAUUUAUUUAUUUGUUCUUUCGUACCUGACCCCAUAUCUUCCCUGCCCAGCUCCAGAGAGCUGUAGCCCUUCCUCUUUCUGAAGCCAGGGCUUCUUGGCUGUGGGGCACUUCCGUACCAGUUAGCCUCUGCAUAAUCCAGACUGGGAGGGUGGGGCCCAGCUGCCCAACCCAUCCCGCAGAGCAGCCCAGCCAGAGUGGGAGGAGCAAAGCCUCUCUUUUCUACGUCUCUUGAUUUUGUACAUGUGCGUUUGUGUGAGGAGGCUGUUUGUUGCUUUAUUCUUUAAGGCUCUGGGGUGUUGUGUAUGGUUUCUCUUAACAUCCCAGCCUUCCCACCGGCACUACCCGAAGAGAAGGGAUUUCUCCAGAAAGGAGAGAGAGGUCCGCUCCUUAGAGCAGGGGAGGGCAGUGCCUGCCAGCUGUUGUGGAACUUCCCGAGAAAUAAAUAUUCUCUAAAUUUUCAA